AUGCGACACAAGGAGGUGACACCGGAGGAAUUGAACAAUUUAGAGGAUGACAAGGACGAGUCGACUAAGGAAGGAGGAGAAUACAGUGUUGCCAGUUUGAGGAGUUUGAGAGCCGGCAUUAAUCGCCACUUAAGAGACGUCAACAUCAUCAGCGACACUGUGUUCAAGAGCAGUAAUGCGGUUUUUAAGGCGAGACUGAAGCGUUACAGAAAGAGUGGCAAAGACACCAGCUUCCACCAUCCUCGUAUCCCUGAGUCGGACCUUGAGAUAAUCAGAUGUUCAUCUGCGCUGUCUCCCGAUACGCCCCUCGUCCUCGUCAGAAAGGUGUGGUUUGACAUCCAGCUGUGUUUGGCUCAGCGUGGCAGGGAGGGGAACCGUGAGCUGACCAUGACAUCUUUCAGCAUCCAGAGAGACGAGGAUGGCGUUGAAUACGUCAGUCUAGCGCAUAAUCCUGACAUCUCUAAAUGUCCCCCAGAUGCAAAAUCUUUUUAUCUGCACCCAAAGCGCUCCAUCACCGUGGCAUCUGAUGUGUGGUACUCCAGGGAGCCGAUGGGUGUCCACUACCUGGGAGACAUGCUAAAAAAAAUCGGUGAAGAGGUGGGUCUGUCGCGGAUUUACACGAACCACAGCCUCCGGAGCACGGCUGUGGGUCGACUCUCAGACGCCGGGCUGGAGACACGCCAGAUCAUGUCUGUGACGGGGCAUCGCUGUGAAAGCAGCCUGCAGGCUUAUUGGGCUCCGUCAGUCCAGGAGAGACGAGAAUGGAGCAACAUUUUGUCGUCCCGCAACGUCCCAACCAGCAGUGGUCAGGGUCCACAAACGUUAAAUCUCCGUCCUUCAAAUGCCACUAUGAUGGACAUGCCAGUAUCUCUAUCAAAUUUCACGAUCAACGGCAAUGUUGCAUUUAAUUUUAAAUAGUUCGUCGCCUGUCUUUCUGUCUUGCUUACCUUACUUAGGCUACUUACUUGCUUGAUACAGAGUGAAUGGUGGAUAAUAUUUAUAAAAACGAUUUAGGAUAGACUUACUUGCUUGAUACACAUUUAAUGAUCAGAGUGAAUGGUGGAUAAUAUUUAUUGCAAUAAAAACGAUUUAGGAAACUAUCUGUGGACUUUGAUUAUUUGAAACAAAAUUUCGCAUCAUCCUCUGGACACACACAAGCGGUAAGAGGUGCACUUGCCCUCUGAAAUGAUACUUUGUAUCACGUAACAUAACGUUAAGCAAUCAUCUCACUUCCCUCCACUGAUUAGGCCUAAUAUAACAGCUGCGGCCGACCGAGCUGCAGGUUCUGUGGCCAGAGCCGGUUACCUUGGCAACGCGUCACAGCGAGAGAUAUUAAAUAGUCCACUCAGCCGCUUCUUGUGAAAAACUUACGAU